AUGGGCGGCGAAAAAGUCCCGAUGAAAGAAAUUAACCUCCUGAGAGGCUGGCCACAUCCGUCGUUACUGCCUGUCGAUGCUAUCUCACGAGCUUCGGUGAGGGCGACGGGGGAUCAGGAGGUGGUUAUUCCCGGGUUGUGUUAUGGUCCUGAUGCGGGGUUUGGGCCGUUGAGGGGCGUUGUUGGGAGGUGGUUGGGGGAGUUUUAUGAUGGUUAUGGGAAUGGGGAGGGACGUGGGAAAGAGGGUGAUAGAGAGGGGGAUAGAAGUGAGAGGAUUUGUAUCACCGGGGGAGCGAGCCAGAAUUUGGCGUGUGUAUUGCAGGUUUUUAGUGAUCCGGGGGUUACGAGGGUGUGGAUGGUUGUGCCGACUUAUUUUUUGGCUAUGCGGAUUUUUGAGGAUUCGGGGUGUGAGUUUUUUCUUUCUUGUGUUUCCUUUUUUUGAGGAUGGGGAAUUGGGGGGACUGAGAUGGUGGAGGAUGUGAAAGGGGAUGGGAAUGAGAGUUGAUGCAAGGCAACUUGAGAUGAAUGAGUGAUGCUGACUUUUUGAUGGUUUUAGUGGUUCCUUCAGCUGUGCCGGAAGGGAAAGAGGGGGUGGACUUGGAGUAUUUUGAGAGGGAGCUUGAAAAGGAUUUAACACGGAAAACGACUGUAAGUUUGUUUAUGAAAUCUGUAUUGCUUUUUGGCCCUUUUGCGUCUUUCCUACUUGGGCAGUCUAUGAUGUAUUAAGGAACUGGCUAUCAAGUGGUGGCUCAGAUGGUCCCUUUGGAAGUAUCAAGUCUUAUAUAUACUCCUGCAGGGACAAAUCGUACAUUAAGGACGAUUGUAUGACUUGGUUGUAACGACGAGAUUUAAGAAGCCCAGUUCUGCUUGGUUUUCUGUUCAUGGAAGUUCUCGAUUGGCUCGAAUUCGUUGAGCAAAAUACUUCUUCCUCUUAAUGUUAGAGAAGUCAUCCAAUUGAACAGAAAUCUUCUGUCCCCAUCGCUCUGGGCAAGUAAAAGAAGAAACUUCAAGAUAUUUUUCAACAACCAUUUCAUAGUACAUGGUGGUUAUAUUCCACUGAGUCUUUAUUCCAUACUCCAACACAACACCAUGAAACCAGUAUCUACUACUCUACCCAUCUUUCAAACCCCUUCUGAAUAUCCUCCAUUGAACAAAGAAAAUUGACAAAAACAACAGCCCAUCAAAGUUUCAAGACCCUACUCAAAAGCCUACCGCCACAUCCUCUACUGCGUCCCAACAUUCUCCAACCCCUCCGGUAAAACAAUGACACUAUCCUGUCGAAAAUCUCUCAUCCACCUCGCUCGCAAGUAUGACGUCCUGAUCCUAUCAGACGACGUCUACGAUUCCCUCCAAUGGCCCAUCACCCCAUCUCCUCUCUCCCCCACCAAACCUCAUGCCCUUCUCCCCCGUCUUGUAGACCUCGAUGCAACACUUCCUCCCAUCCCAUCUAGUACUGAAUUCGGCAAUACUGUGUCUUCAGGCACAUUCUCAAAGAUUGCUGGACCGGGCGUACGGACAGGAUGGGCGGAGGCUAGUCCGAAGUUCAUACAUGGCCUCUCGCAAUGUGGAUCUUCUCGUUCGGGGGGCGCGCCUAGUCAGUUUACUGCGACGAUUAUAUUCGAGUUGUUGAAGAGCGGGGAUCUUGAUAGACAUAUUAAUGAUGUACUUAUACCGACUUAUCAGAGACGAUACACAAUUCUGAGGGAGGCAAUUGAGAGGGUACUUGUCCCCAAGGGCGUAGUAGUGGGCGAAACUUCCGUUCGCAGUACUACCGCAAUGUCUGGCAAAGGGGAGGGAGAGGGAGAGGGGGUCUUUGGAGGAUACUUCCUCUGGAUCACCCUUCCUUCGGGGAUGAGCGCUGAGUAUGUCGCGCUUCGAGCGAAAGAGGAGGAGGAGUUGAUUCUGGCUCCUGGGAGGAUCUUUGAGGUUGACGGGGAGUCGGAGGAGGGGUCUAAGGGAGUGAUGGAGUUUGGGAGUUCGAUUCGCUUGUGUUUUUCUUGGGUGGAUGAGGGGGAUCUGAAGGAGGGUGUUGAGAGGCUUGGACGGGUGGUUGAGAGGGUUGGGGUGAAGGGCUGA